GGGAAACAGAGGAGAACAUUCAUGAUGUGGUAACAGGGCUCAGGAUCUGACGGCUGUUUAAGACAAACCAUGUGAGAUCAAAAGCAAAGACACUGGCUUAUGUUGGAUUUCUUUAACAGGACUUGGACAUGAGUCAUGAAAGCUGUGCAAUAAACAAGGGAAGUGCUCCCCUCAGGCUCUGAAGUGGCUCGAUGAUAGAAGAUAAUGAUGGCUGGGAAGUGCUCUCCACUCUGUCACUAGUAAAUGGGUUUACCUUCAACACACAGGAGCCAUGAAGAGGGUCGUCUGAUGGGAAAGUGAACUGGCAGUCAUCAAGACAUUUUGGAAUAAAGGAGGUGAGCCUGUUUUCAAACUGAGACCAUUCCAGCAGCUCUGCCUGCCCAGUGUCUGAGGAGGGGGAUCACCAUGAUCUCUACAGCUCUCCGCUGGCUCGUCCUGGUGUCUUUCAUCAUCCUGACCAUUGGUGGAAACGUACUGGUGUGUUUGGCUGUAGGGCUCAGCCGUCGUCUGUGGCGUAUUGCUAACUGCUUUGUGGUGUCGCUGGCGGUAACAGAUCUUCUUCUUGGCCUCCUGGUGAUGCCCUUUUCUGCCACUUCAGAGCUCCGUGGUGGAAAAUGGCCCCUCGGAGGAACCUUGUGUAAUAUCUACAUUUCCACAGAUGUCAUGCUGUGCACAGCCUCCAUACUGACCCUGCUGGCCAUCAGUGUGGACCGAUACCUCGCCAUUUCAGCUCCCCUCAGCUACUCCCGGAGAGUUACGCCUCUGAGGGUGACACUGGGCAUGAUUGCCAUCUGGACCUUGUCACUGGCUGUGUCCUUUGUGCCCAUCCACCUGGGCCUGAACACAAUGGACUACAAAGUGCAGCACUUGGACUGGAGCAUUGGAGACGAGGACAUGGAAGGCCGCUACUGCCAGUUUGAAUGGCAUAACAACUACGUGUUAAUUUAUACUUUUGGCUCAUUUUACCUGCCUCUGCUGCUUAUGUGUGGGAUGUACCUUUGCAUAUUCAGAGUGGCACGAGAACAGGCACGCCGUAUUCGUGCUGCCACUCCAUCAUUUGCACGCACAGCAUCAACGGCAGCCAUCGCCCGGGAGCACAAAGCGACAGUGACCCUGGCAGCUGUACUCGGGGCCUUUGUCAUCUGCUGGUUCCCCUACUUCACCUACUUCACCUUCAUGGGCAUGAGGGCAAAGACAUACCCCCCGAACACGCUACACUCUGUGGUGCUGUGGCUGGGCUAUUUUAACUCAGCUCUUAACCCCAUCCUGUAUCCAGCCUUCAACAGGGAUUUUAGGAAGGCGUACGGAGAGCUGCUCCGCUGCAGAGGGCUGCAUCGCAGAAAACUACAGCUCACUAAUGGGUCUGGGCAUAAACGAUUGACCUUUAUGAAUGGACAAAGGCUUUCCCAGCAGUCUGAAAAACAUACAGACACAAUUACUAAAGACACAGAGGUGAAGAGCCUCACACUGUAUGGGAGGAACGGCAUACCUGAUGAGCCAAGAUGAAACACUAUGCAUCUGUUAGACUGCACGCCAGCAGCAAAAUUUUAUAAAUGAAAAACAUGCUCCACCUCUUGCAUUAGCUGAUCAGCUAACCAUUUGCAGUAUCAGUUAGAUGUAUAACGUGCCAAAGACAGUUUGUGUGAAGCCCACGGCACAUCAUGAAUGUAUAAAUGUUCUUUCUGUUCUUUAUAGAAUUUCUAUUCCAUAGGUGCACACUUUUUUCAUGUUUUUAAAUUGUACAAUCAAUGGGAUGUUUUGAAAAUGUGCAGGAAAUAAAAAACGACGUCAUUCAAAAUAAAAGGAAAGCAGGGUGGAAAAUAGAUGAUUCAAUAAGUUUCCUAGCAAACUACAUGGAGACAGGGAUGGUUAAAAAUUUGCUCCUAAGGUUUAUUUUUCUCUCCUCAGCCCUGCCAAUAGGAGUGAAUCAGUCACCAGCAGGUUUAUUUGAUAUUUACAACAUGUGUAUGUUUGACUUGACCCAAGCUGGUUGACCUCAGUGGCUUCCUGAAGUUUGAAUAGACAGACUGCACCUGGAGAAGACGUUGGCUUUGAGGGUUAUUUAAUCCAGCCAUGCCAGAAAGUAAGGGUUAAAAAUGCUGCAGCAAUGAGGUCAGAUUAUUUAGUGAAGUCUGACUGAAGAUUCACAAUGAAAAAAAUAAGGCUGGUUGUAUUCAGUUUGUCAAAACUCCAAUAGCUAGUUUUUGGACAAUGCAAAAAGAUAAAUGUGAAUUUGGAAAGGGAAAUUUUGUUUUGAAAGGCUAAAUGCCAACAAAUUUAGGUUCAAAGUAGAGUAUCUCAUUAGAUAAAAGCAUGAUUUGUGUUCUCCAUCCCUUGAACAUUCCUGUUUAGUUUGGCAGACACUUCUUUGUGAGGUAGAGACAGUUUCUUCUUAGUUUGGCUGCUUUGAGACCUCACACAGGAAGGCAUUGUAAAACUGUGCAAGCAAAAGAAAACAUUAUUUCUAACUUAACUGAGGUAUCAUAGCAUGUUCACUGAGACCAAGCUGUUUAAUACAUUCUUAAAUGAUGCUCUAUACAGUUCCAUCUACAUUCCUCUAAACAAAUCUAGCAAGGGCAUGUUAGCUUGUUGCUAACACAAAAUAAAAAUUCCCUUUUAUAGGUAAACAAAAAUUAGCAUCUGAGAUAAAGUAUUUCUUAAGAAACAUUAUAUGUAGUCAUACUUACAGCCAUAUGUUUCCAACACUCCUAUGAUAAAACUUAAACUGCUUACAUCUGCUGACUCUGUAGACUUCAAGGGCAAAACAUUCAAAACUUAAAGGGAUACUUCAAAAUUUUGGCAAAUUC